AUGGUCGGAGCAACAAACGGGAAAAAGCUCGGCCAGGUUUUCAAGGUCGGAGUCAUUGGUUUGGGAGAGCUUGCGCAGGUGUCCCAUAUUCUUGUGCUGAACAGUCUGUCGACCCAUUUCGAGAUCACUUAUAUCUCCGAUGUCUCUCAGCAAGCCCUUGACCUCUGCGUGAAAAAGGUCGCUGGCGGGUCACCCAAGACGACGUUGAAUGCUGAAGAGUUGAUCACCUCUCCUGAAACGGAUGUUGUGGUCAUCUGCAACGUCAACGCAUUCCAUCCUUCACAAGCGAUCCUAGCUCUUCAGCACAACAAGUAUGUGUUCGUGGAGAAGCCGCUUGCACUGAACUACCGCGACCUUGAUGCCAUCAUCGCGGCGGAGCAGAUCUCGGAGGCCAAAGUCUUUGUAGGAUAUCAGAGACGGUAUGCCGAAUCUUUCCUCGAUGCUGUGAAGGAAGUGGGAGGGAUGGAAAAGAUUGACUACAUUCGCGUCAGGGACCAGUCUGGCACAUUUCCCAAGAAAUACACCGACUACCCGGAGCAAGAUACGGCAGAGAUGAAGUCUACCGAAGAAGAGAUGGUCAAAACAGCGCUCAUCAAGGAAAUCGGAGUUGAGCCAACGCCAGAGUCAAUGACGAUGUUCAGGUUGUUCACAGGACUCGGAGUACAUGACUUCUCUGCUUUGCGCGAGAUGGUCGGCAUGCCCUCACGAGUUGUGGGUGCCUCCCUGGGGCUGCCCAUCUGGAACGUGUUGUUCCAAUACGAAGGCUUUCCGGUCAUGUACGAGUCGGGUAUCAUCGACGUACCCAGGUUUGAUGCCCACAUCGAGAUCUACUCGCGAGAGAAGAUUGUACGCGUUGACUACGAUACUCCGUACGUUAAGGGACUUCCUAUUACCAUGACCAUCAGGGAGAAGAUCGAGACUGCCAAAGGUGAUGGUUACCAAGAGACAGUUGUCAGGAAAACGUAUGAGGACCCCUUCACGCUUGAGUUCUUGGACUUUCACUCUUGUGUGACGAAGAAGACUACCCCAAAAACCUCGGCCGUGGAUGCUCGGGAAGAUCUGGACUUGAUAAAGAUGAUCAUGCAGAAUGCCUACUAG